AUGAAGCCUGUUCAUGAGCAUGAAUCAACACUGCUCAACCCGGGAGCCGAGUAUGGCAAUUUGCCAUUCCACCAAUUUGUCCUACCAUACUGGAGAAUGUGCAGUCCCACGGAUAGUCCUCCUCCCGAUGCGCCAUAUCUGCCACCGCAAUCGCGAGUUCAGCGUAUAUUGGCUCCCCACCAGACGAUCACCGAGCGCAAUCUAACCCAGAAAUUCCUGAGCCGUGUCCCUUACCCAAUCUGGAUCCGUACUUGUUAUGCGGUUAAACUCGACACUGCUUACCAGGAAAUGUUCGAGUGCGGUCAAGCAGACUUUGGGCCGGAGAUUGUUCUUGACGACGAGAGUCUUUAUGGUCAAUAUGGGCACGACUGGACAAGGGUUUUCCUGCGUCUACCUCAACUCAUAGACACUGUCGUCCAUUACAACGAUGGGCACCCGGAGAAUGACGAAAGCCAGCUUGCAGUCUCACCACCAAACGAUGAGGCGAGACUGCCGUUGUACAACGCAGUCAUGAAGUCCAAAUCUAUUCACUUCCUUUUUGACGAGGAGGCACUGCAAGAAAAAUUGGUCAAGGUGCACUUUCUCGACAUUCAUGGACAGUCGGUUUGGUACAAAAAAAUCAGGCCAGAGCACAUCCGAGAUUUUGAAGCAAGUCCUAGCGGAGGCCAUCUGUCAGGGCACCUCGAGAACUGCGGGGGUGAUCCCUCUUCAUCACAUCCACGAACGUUACUGUAUGCUGAGGGAUGGAACAUCGUUCCGAUAAUUCGUGUACAGAGAACAACCCUAUGA